AUGAUUGAUGACGAACAACUAAAUAAGCUGGCUAUUGGGUUUGCCCUGUUGAUGAUGAUACUAAUUGUGAUAUAUCAAGCCAUAAGUUCCUCAACAGUCGACAAACGCAGAGCUUAG